AUGGCCAACGCUGCCAGGGGGAGCAGUGGCCCAGUUACGCUCUUUGUCGAAAUACUAAACAAGUACCUCUACUUUUUCGAGAAGGGCAAUCCGCAGAUCACAAGCAAUAUGAUCCAGGAUCUGGUUGAACUAAUAACCGAAGAGAUGCAAAGUGACUCUGUUACUGCCGAUCCAGCUUCGUAUGCUUUAUUUGCCAGCACGCUCCGGUACAUCCGGUUCCAGAAACAGAAAGGUGGUAGUAUAGGUGAGAAAUUCGAACCAAUUACUGUCUGA